GCACACGCGCCGUUUUCAAUGAUUACGACGCAGCCCCGCGUGGAGCUGGCAGCUGUUUGAAGACUCUUGACCCGUGUUUGUUUUAUUAAUCGUCUCGUUAAUGAUGAAACUCGGUGUAACGUGGGAGUGGACGGGCAGCUUGUUGCGCAGCUCUCAGGUCAGCUGGUAGCAGCUCAGCGGCCACAGCUGGGAGCGAGUUUGUUGAAUCAUGCGUGUUGACAGCGGCACUAAACCACCAUGGUAGCUGCAAUAUACGACCACAAGCUGUCUGACGCUGCCCGGGAAUGAAUGAACCUGGUACACACGUUAAGACUGGGACCGCGUGAAGAAGAGUAAAGUUGGGAGUAUUUCUUUAGACACACCGCUUUAUCUUCAGCGUCUGCUUCAACACAGAAUUUCGCCUUUUUUCCCACCUAACAUUUUCCCGCACACUCGACGACUGCAGACAUAAAUGAUGAAGUUCAAGCCCAACCAGACCAGGACGUACGACGGUGAAGGGUUCAAGAGAAGAGCGGCGUGUUUGUGUUUUAAAAACGAGACAGAGGACGAGGUGCUACUGGUGAGCAGCAGUCGUCAUCCAGACCAAUGGAUUGUGCCAGGAGGAGGAAUGGAGCCUGAGGAGGAGCCGUGUGGGGCCGCCGUCAGGGAGGUGUAUGAGGAGGCUGGUGUGAAGGGAAAGCUUGGCAGACUACUCGGGAUCUUUGAGCAAAAUAAAGACAGAAAGCACAGGACGUACGUCUACACCCUCAUAGUGACGGAGACACUGGAAGACUGGGAGGACUCUGUCAACAUUGGAAGGAAGAGGAAGUGGUUCAAAGUUAACGAAGCCAUGAGGGUGCUGCAGAGCCACAAGCCUGUCCACGCAGAGUACCUACACAGGCUCACAAACACCUGUAACCCCACCUGCAGUCCUGUGUGUAGCCCGACUAACGGCAACACCCCGAGCUCCCAAAUGACGGACAACAACACGCCUCACUAUGUCGUUUGCCCCACACAGGGCUCGGAUCGAGCCAACAGAUAGGACCGUCACCAGCAGCAAGCAGUUCUUCUGAGAGGACAUCAGGAUGGACAUGUGGGAAAGACUUUAUUACUAACGCAGCUUCUUAUUAUGUACAGUAUGGACUUCUUGAAGUUGAUUUGAAACCCAUUUUGAGAGAGUGCCAAAAUGUUUUCCAACUGUAUUUAAGAUUUUAUAUGUU